CAGAUAUGUGUGAGAAUAGGAAAAGUCACAUAACAGAAUCAGUUUUCUGGAGCUACAGUACAGCCAUGGUGUCCUGCAAGGUCUUCAUCCUGGCCCCUUUGUGGAUCCACUUUCUGACUCAUGCCUGCAGGGGGGAGGAGGUGCCCCGGGAAGCGGUUUUGUCCUGGUUCAGAGAUCGGGUUCUGCAGGGCCUUGAUUUAGAGGAGCCUCCUCAAACAACAAUGCAACGUGCAGAUGGGGAUACAGUAGAGCCAGAUGCAGGGCCGGCACCGCUGAGGGCCCCGAGGACAAGCAGGACAGCAUGGGUCAAGCAGCCAGCUGGUUCAAACCAGGAAACAACACAAAUUAUUGUCUUCCCCAGCUCUGAUUCGUCCUGUGCCCAGUCUGAGUCAGCUCCUGCAGAAACCACCAACACCCACUUUACGUAUUACUUCCAGCCGUCAGUGAACACCCACGAGACAACGCUCACAUCUGCCCACCUCUGGUUCUACGCAGGGGGGGAAGGAGUGUCAGCAAACUCCUCAGUCCAGCUCUUCAUCCUCACUUCGGGGCAGCAGCUCCUGCAGGCCGCAGAAUCACCGGCAUCGAGGAGCUCGGACGGAUGGACCACCUUUGACCUCGACCAAAAGCUGCUUGUUCUUAUGGCCGAGGGUCCUUUUCUGCUUCAAGUGCGUUGUCUGGCCUGUGAGUGCCACGCCAACGAAUCAGACAAGAUGCCCUUUCUCCACCUUCGGGCUCAGUCUCGUGGUUCCGUUCGAUCCCCGCGCGAGGCCCCCGUCACCAUCCCCUGGUCUCUCUCUGCCAUUGACCUCCUCCAGAGGCCCUCCCAGGAGAGACCCCAGCACAGAGACUGCCACCGAGCAGAGAUCCAGAUCAGCUUCGAGGAGCUCGGCUGGGACAACUGGAUCAUCCACCCGAAGGUGCUGACAUUCUACUACUGCCACGGGAACUGCUCGGCCUUGGAUCGCACCACCUCCGUCCUGGGGAUCCCGCAGUGCUGCGCUCCAGUGCCCGGGACGAUGAGGUCCCUGAGGAUCACUACGACAUCUGAUGGCGGGUACUCAUUCAAGUACGAGACCCUGCCCAAUAUCAUACCUGAGGAGUGCACUUGUAUUUGAAAAUUGAAGCAUUAAAGGGCCAGUUCACCAAAAAACUAAAUCAUAUUUGUUUUUAUUUAUAUGAAGUUUGUCAAGUAUGUUUCCUUUUUCCUGGUUAAGUACUUUCAGCCUCCAAUUACAAACACUUCACAAUAAAAGUUCCUUUACUUUUCAAAUGCCUAAAGGGUAUGGUUGAGUAUACAAGACAUGCACAUUUCUUUGAUGUUACAUGCAUUUCAUUGGAUUUUUAAUUCAAAAGUGGAUUAUUUUAAAUCCAAGCAUAUAGAACAAAAACGUUUUGUCAUUUAAGGUGACUGGCCCUUUAAGACUCCACUCACUCUGCUUAUAAAUGCCUUCUGUCCAACUAAUCAGAGAUGUUUUGUCAUGGUUUUACGAAAUCAAAUCCUGGAAGGUUUAUUUUGAUGUCCUUUGUGUUUUUUCAUUUAACCUGUAGAGGUCAGUGUUGACCUAACUUUCACAACAUUUCCCUUCAGUACUUAAAAUAGUCUGAA